AUGAGUCGCCGGUCAGAAGAACACCGAUCGAGACACCGCGAGCAUCGAAAGCAACGAUCCCGUUCUCGUUCUCGAAGCCCAUCGUCAAGAGAAAGCGGUCAUGGUGGUCAAACCCUAUCGUGGGAGUCAACGGAAGAGACAAAUUUGAUCAACUUUUCCUUUCUCGACUACAAGACGGAGCUGAACCGUGUGCUGCGGGGAUACUGUGCUCGCGAUCAGUUGGUGGAUGAUGUGAACGAUUUCUGGCUAUUUGUGAACAAAUACGAAACACUACUGAAGCGUACCGGCCAACCAAUUCUACCGAAUCCACCAAACGAAGCGCAGAAAGAAAGCUACACCGGGCGCGUGCCAUCGGAGUACAACAAAGCACUAGGUUGCUGCUUGGCACUGAGGGUUCCGCUGGAGGAAUUAAGGGGACGUCUGGGAAACAGCAAAAUCACCCGCACCAAACUGCUCCAGUUGCUGCAGAUCGUGGCACAUUAUUUGGACUUCCGGCAACGGGAGAAGUUUAAUAAGCUCCGCAAACUUCGCCAGGCUCAGGCAAACCUGCCCGUUGCGAAGCACCGCGAGGAAAUCGUUGAAGCGGUCCGAAACGAACGCGUGGUCGUGCUGGCCGGUGAUACGGGCUGCGGUAAGUCCACGCAGGUCCCGCAGUACCUGUACCGGGCGGGAUAUGAGCGGAUCGCCUGUACGCAACCGCGUCGGAUCGCUUGUAUAUCGCUGGCGAAACGAGUUUCGCACGAGCUGCUGGCCGAGUACCGAACCGAGGUUGGCUAUCAGAUCCGGUUCGAGCGUAGCAAAAAUACGAACACAAAAAUUAUCUUCAUCACCGAGGGACUGCUGUUGAGGCAGCUGGCCAGCGAGGACAGUCUCGAGCAGUACUCGGUCAUCAUUCUCGACGAGGUGCACGAGCGCCAUCUGCACGGGGAUUUCCUCCUCGGAAUCGCUAAAUGUCUCAUACGCGCCCGACCGGACCUGAAGCUCGUGCUUAUGUCGGCCACGAUCAACAUCAAGCUCUUCGCUGACUACUUCUCCGAGGAGGAAGCUCGCAUCAUCGAGGUACCGGGACGUCUGUUUCCAAUCAAGCUCCACUAUAUGCCCCAGCUCCAGGACGUCCCAGUGGCAGGAAGUUCCGGUAAACGCUCGCAAACCGAUCGUCUCAGUCCGGAACCCUACCUGCAGAUCCUGCAGCUGAUCGACCAGAAGUAUCCACCGACGGAGAAAGGUGACGUGCUCAUAUUUCUCAGUGGGUUGAACGAAAUAACGGCCAUCGUCGAUGCGGCCCGGGAGUACAACGAGAAGAACAAAAACUGGAUCAUACUCCCGCUGCACAGUACGCUCUCGAUCGCCGAGCAGGACAAGGUGUUCGACUAUGCGCCGGAAGGGAUGCGGAAGUGCAUCGUGUCGACGAACAUCGCCGAAACUUCCGUCACGAUCGAUGGCAUCCGGUUCGUGGUGGACAGUGGGAAGGUGAAGGAGAUGAGCUACGAUGCGACGACCAAGAUGCAGCGGCUGAAAGAGUUCUGGAUAUCGAAGGCAUCGGCCGAACAACGGAAAGGGCGAGCCGGUCGAACGGGACCCGGCGUCUGCUACCGUCUGUACGCCGAGAAGCAGUUCUACGACUUUGACGCUUACACAACGGCGGAGAUUUUAAAAGUCCCCCUAGAGUCGUUGCUUUUGCAGAUGAUAUCGAUGGGUUUACCGAACGCUCGACUGUUUCCCUUCAUUGAACCGCCCCCGAUGGACAACGUCGAGAAUGCGAUCGUUAGCCUGAAGGAAGCGGAAGCGUUGACCGAGGAUGAAAAGCUCACACCGUUGGGGAAGGCGUUGGCAAAGAUUCCGGUCGACAUUGGCAUUGGGAAAAUGCUGCUCAUGGGUUGCGUGUUCCAGCAGUUGCAGCCCGUGCUGACGCUAGCGGCGGCUCUCAGCGUUCAGUCACCGUUUACCAACCGAGCCUACAGAGAUCCCGAGUGUGAGAGAGCCCGUAAAUCACUCGAGUCGGACCACGGGGAUCCCAUUACCCUCCUCAACGCGUACAAGGAAUGGCUGGAGGUGAAGCAAACGCGCACCGACUACGGUCGCAAAGGGGACGAUCGGCGUGGCGAAAAUUCCAAAGUCUGGUGUCGCCGGCGCGGCCUCGAAGAGCAACGGUUCUACGAAAUCACCAAGCUGCGCAAUCAGUUUCAGGAUCUGCUGCAGGACUGUGGGCUGAUGGAAAUGCAGAACAAUGAUAAUCUUUCCAGCGCCGAACGGGCGAUUCGGAAUGGCGAGCUGCGGCAGCUGAAGGAACUGCGAAAGGCCCACCGUAUGGAAGCACCUCGGAAGCGAAAACUCCUUAAAUCCGAUCCCUGGGGCCUUGGCGGGGAAGAUGACGAGGAGGUGGAUGACGGGAAGGUGGACAUCCGGGAUGUGGAGUUUCGGUUGAGCCACGACUCGUCGAAGUUGCAAAACCUUGUGUCGGGUGCGACGGCUUGCAGCUAUCGGGAUCUGAUGACCCUGAAGCUGAUUUUGGUCAGCGGUCUCUACCCACAGGUUGCGAUAGCUGACGAGUUUAACUACUGCAAGAGUUUAUCGGAGCAAUUUUUCCACACUCGCUCGAAACCGUACGUCUCACUGCAUCCGAUGAGUUUUUUCGGCAACAACGCGCAAAUACUCCAGCUGACGGACAGUGAAAUAGAGGAGAAAACGGGUCUGUACAAGUCACGCCAACCGCUCAGCUCACGGCACCAGAUCGUUUGCUAUCUGACCCUGCUCGAAACGAACAAAUCCUACCUAACCAACACGCUGCGGAUGCCGGCAGCACAAACGUUGCUCCUAUUUGCACACACGAUCGAGACGAACGACACCUGCUCGCGGAUCGUGUGCGAUCAGUGGUUAUGUUUGGACAUUCCUGCCCCCGAAAGUGGCCAGGCACUACUCUUAAAGGCGACCAAGCUGCGGCGCCUUUGGAAUCGUUUGCUGGCAGAGAAAUUAAAAGCCCUCACUGUAACGGCAGAUGGUGAAUUGACGAAGAUUGAACGAAAUGUUUCGAUCGAAGAAAUGAAUCGUGAACUGUGGUCAAGCUUGGCCCAGUUCAUGAACACCGAGGUAUGCUACACCAUCAAAAAAUUGCUUCCGGCGGAUCUGAAAUCACUCUUCAAAGGACCACAGAGACUCGUCGACGGUGACGAUGACGACGAUCAUGAGCGAAUAGAACUGCCCGAUCCGAAUCCUUUCGCCGAAGAUUUCCAACCAAUCUACAACGAAACGAAGGGGGGUAUCCAUCUGACCGAAAAUGUUACCUACGGAUGUAUCGUCGAAACGGAAUGGAGCAUGCAGAUGCAGCAGGAUAUUCUCGAGCAGGACUGGGAGUGUAAAAAUUGUGGCGGAACCUACCAACUCACCGGGUUGCAAAAACUCCAGCACGGCAGCAUCUGUAAGCCGGUUGAGGUCAAGGAGGAACGGGACCAAAAUGUACUGGCAAUGGAAGGAAGUUCGUCGAAAAAACACAACGCAAACCGAUACGAAUGUCCGAACUGCGGUCGCACCUUAAUGUUAAGUGCAAUUGAAACGCUAAGGCAUAAAAAAGCAUGCACUAAACAAAUCAAACAAGAGUUGCCAGAUAAAGAAUCAUAAGUUAAAAUGUAA